UUUUCUAUCACUGCAGCAUCAGAGGAGAGAAGAGGGGGCACAAUCAAUUUCAUAGAGAAUAGGGAAGAAAAGGCACAAGUAGAUAAGGAAGAGAGGGAGGGGUGGAGGAAAAAUAAAGGACGCGAGGAGCCGCCUCGGUGUGAGAGGAGCAUCAGUGCGGAGAAAAAGGAGAACAGCAGGAGGGCGUGGACCUGACUUAAAGGGAAAAACCAAAAGAGUGAGGGGAAGAAGACAAGCGGGAUCAAAGGCGUAUGAGGCGAAGCCGAGGCCCCUUGCACCACAAACACUUUGCCCUCUGUGCGCAUUUUGCUGUACGAGUUGCGAGCAGGUUGGACUUUGAUGGGACAGUGAGCAAUGCCUCACACGCAGCAACAGCCGGCUGGCAGUAGGGGGCAGUGCUCCUCCCGCCUCCUCCCCCUUGUCCUCAUCCUCCUGUCUCUUGCCGCCCGGCCCAGCCGAGCAGCCAUAGACAUACCUGCCAACUACCACAGGCGUGAGCUGAAGGAGCCUCCAAUGAUCAGCACACAGCCGGAAUCUGUCACCGUCUUCAGCGUUGAGGAUCUCGUCAUGAGCUGCGAAGCCUCUGGCAACCCUCCACCCAUUUUUCGGUGGGAAAAGGAUGGAGAGGAGUUUGACCCGGGCAACGACUCGGAGCUGAAGGUGACUGAGCGCUCCGGCUCCUUCGCAUUCUACACGCUCAGUAACACUUUGGAUACCCUGAAGCAGUACCAAGGCAAAUACGUCUGCUUCGCCACCAAUGAGCUGGGAACAGCCGUGUCUAACGAGGCCGUAGUCAACAUUGAGGUCCCUCCCUCCUUGCAGAAAGAGAAAGAGAAACAGGUUCGCCUGAAGUCCGAAGAGGGCAGCAGCAUUGUCCUGAAGUGCAACCCCCCACAGAGCUCUAUGGAGCCUAUCAUUCACUGGAUGGACCGUAGGCUGCGCCAUAUCCAGCUGAGUAAGCGGGUGAUGGUGGGGAAGGACGGCAACCUGUACUUUUCCCAUUUGACAAUUGAGGACACCAGGAGCGACUACACCUGCAACGUCCAGUACCUGGCGACGCGCACGAUUCUCCCCAAAGAACCCAUCACUCUGACUGUCACCCCAUCCAACUCGGUGCUGCGGAACCGGAGACCCCACAUGAUGAGACCUACUGGAAGCCAAAGCACGUACCACGCCCUCAGGGGCCAGACGGUAGAGCUUGAGUGCAUCGCCCAAGGCCUUCCGACUCCUGAUGUGUCGUGGCUGAGGAAAGACGGUGAGAUCCCAGAGUCUCGGACCUACAAAGAGAUGUUUGACAGCCGCCUGCACAUCAAUAAUGUCUCCGAAAGCGAUGGAGGCGAAUACCACUGUGUUGCUCAAAACUCCCAGGGGAAGGCUACACACAUUUACACGCUGAUCGUGGAAGCUGCUCCUUACUGGACCAAGAAGCCAGUCAGUCAGUUAUACGGCCCUGGUGAGACUGUCAGACUAGACUGUCAGGCAGGAGGCAUCCCUACUCCUAUCAUCAGCUGGACCAUCAAUGGGGAUCCCCUCACAGAUAUUGAUUCAGACUCCAGGCAUACUCUGACAGCAAGUGGCUCUCUGAUCCUCGAGGAUGUCAGCUUCGGAGACACUGCCAUCUACCAGUGCCGGGCCUCCAACAAGCAUGGAACGAUCCUCACCAACACCAAUGUCUAUGUCAUUGAGCUGCCUCCUCAGAUCCUUACCGAAGACGGAAACGCGUACAUGGUCAUAGAGGGCCGCACGGCUUUGCUGGACUGCGACACCUUUGGCUCUCCUAAACCUAAAGUCAUAUGGGAGAGAGGCAACAUCUCGACCCUUCUGGCAGAUCCCAGAGUAAAUCCCCUCACCAACGGGGGGCUUGAGAUCCAGAAUGUCACACAUGACGAUAUGGGUUUAUACACCUGCUCUGUACUCAACAGCAACUUGUCAGUCAAUGCCGAGCUCCAAGUUUUCGACAGGACAGUGAUCGUGUCGCCCCCACAGGCUCUGAAGGCGCAGACUGGACAAACAGUGACCUUCACUUGUCUGGCCGACGUUGACUCCAACCUCAGCUCGCCACUCAUUCAGUGGAGAAAGAACGAUAGGAAGCUGUUUGAGUCGCACAGUGAUGAAAAAUACACCUUGGAAGGAUCGGACCUCAUAAUAGCUAAUGUGGGGCCUGAUGACGAGGGCAUGUACACCUGCCAGGUCAUCACCACGCUGGACAUGGCUGAAGCCACAGGCUCCCUCACUUUAUAUGAUCGUCCAGAUCCCCCUUCCCUCCUCCAGAUCUCUGAUGCUAGGCAUCGUACCCUCACUCUCAGCUGGACUCCCGGAGACGACCACAAAAGCCCUAUCCAAGAAUAUGAGAUACAGUUUGAAGUCCAAGCUUCCAAGGAGACGGGUUGGGAAGAGCUGAAGAAAGUGCCAGGGAACCAUCCGCGCGCCACCCUGUCCCUAUGGCCGUACAUGUCCUACCGUUUCCGGGUCAUAGCCAUCAAUGAGGUGGGCAAGAGCGACCCCAGCGAGCCAUCUGAAAUCCACAACACACCUGCCGAAGCUCCAGAUCGAAACCCUGACGAUAUCUCGAGUGAGUCCGUCGAGCCAGACACUCUUGUCAUCACCUGGAAGACACUGUCGAAAUAUUACUUCAACGGACCUGACUUCAAGUACCGGGUGUUCUGGAGGCGAGUGGUGGGUAGUGGGCCAAACUGGCACAUGAACGAGACAACAUCACCCCCGGUUGUCGUCAGAGAUAUUGGCAACUUCUCUGCCUUUGAGAUCAAAGUUCAGACGGUGAAUGAGAUAGGGGAAGGACCUGAACCGGACCCUGUCAUUGGCUACUCAGGAGAAGAUGUUCCGUUAGAGGCUCCAAUGGAUGUGGGUGUUGCACUAAUUAACAGCACUACAAUCAAAGUGUCCUGGGCACCAGUAGAUAAAGAGACGGUCAGGGGACACCUGCUGGGAUACAAGAUCCACUUGACUUGGAAAGGCUCCAGGAGCCACCACCGAGGCCGGAGGACCACUGAGUCAACAAACACUGUGGUGGUGAAGGCUACUCCCCAUAUGACGAGGAAGUUAAUCACUGACCUCAGACCAUACUCCCACUACACCCUAGCUAUCACUGUGUACAACAAAAAGGGAGAGGGACCUCCUUCUGAGCCAGUGCCCUUCAGUACCUCUGAGGGAGUUCCCGGUCCUCCCACGUCUCUGACGCUAGACAGCCCAUCAGAGACAGAAAUGACCCUUCGCUGGACGCCUCCCAGUCAUCCCAAUGGAAUCCUUAUUGGAUAUCUGCUGCAGUACCAACGGAUUUCAAAGACCGAUGACAGCCCCAUGCAGGUCGAGAGCAUAGACGACCCCACAGUCUCCCACCUCACCCUCAGGGGCCUGGACAAACACAGCCACUACCGCUUCUACCUGAGGGGCCGCACUGCUAUAGGGGACGGAGAGCCCGUCACCAGGAAUGGGGCCACCACACUAGAUGGAGCACCACCCACCAACUUCAGCCUAUCUGUGGGGGGAAACUCAGUUAACUUCAGCUGGGUGGCAAAGAAGAGACACAGAAAUGUUGGCUUCCAGAUCCAUUACCUCAACAAGAACGAUGGCGGUAAAUGGAAAAAGACAGAGAAGGUGAACUCCACUCAGUCUUUCUACCAGCUCCAGGGCUUGACACCUGGCUCUCAUUAUCGUCUGCGCUUCAUCUACAGCAACACCACCUUCUGGGAGACUGACAUUGAGACAGAAGGAGCAGGAGUGUUGGAGGUGCGUCAGAGCUUCGCAACACAGGGCUGGUUUAUUGGCGUUGUGAGCGCCCUCGUGCUGUUGUUACUGAUUCUGCUCAUCCUUUGCUUUAUCAAGAGGAGCAAAGGAGGGAAGUACUCAGUGAAAGACAAAGAAGAGGGUCCGAUGGACUCAGAAGCACGACCCAUGAAGGAUGAAACUUUUGGAGAGUACAGAUCUCUAGAAAGCGAUCUCGAGGAGAAGCGGACGGCCAGUCAGCCGUCGCUGUGUGAGGAGAGCAAGCUGUGCAGCCAGGACAACCUGGACUUCAACGGCAGCAGUGCCAUAACCACUGAGGUCAACAUGGAUGAGUCUCUGGUCAGCCAGAUCAGCCGUCCCAGUGAAGCGCUGCCGGAUAACUCCCCUUUGAAUUCCAGUGACGUCCCAGCUACCAACGGCAAGCCCAACUCAGUCAGCUUCCUCGAUUAACCUCCACACGUCCAUUUGGGGAAUCACCAGACCAAAAUAUGUCAACACGUAUGUGCCCAUGCGCUCCCGUUCCCUUGCUGAUCCGUAUUUUGACGACUAACACACAAUCAUAUAUUGACUAUGGACUAUUUUGACCAAAGGAGUGUCCAGGGUAGUGGACAAUGUGAUACGAGUCUGACUAACGUGAACAUGUCCUUUGACCCCGCUAACCCGUGCAGUUUACAACAAAUAUAAACGACUAACAUUCAUUUCUUCUGUUUUUCUCUCUCAGCAAACGACAGUGCAGAUGCCUAUAGAUGGAAUGCUAUACUUUUAGAAAUAUCAGGAGCUAAACAGACAGCACGUGCUGCUGUAAAAAAAAAAAAAUCUUGAAUCGUAGGUAGUUUGUCAUGUCUGAUAGAUCUCGCACAUGAUUUUGUCUCAUGCCAUUUUGCGUCUCGGACUGGGUUUCCCAGUGACAUUUUUUUCUUAUAUUUUAUUUUACAUGUGUUUAAACACAUUUUUCUGUUAGCUGCCCUUUUUUAUUCAUAUCAUUUUAUAUAUAUAUAUAGAUAUUGUUUUAUACAUUACUUAUUAAAACCCUCUACAUUGACAUAUUUCAUUGAUCACGGUGUUUUCAUUGAAAUCCAGUUAAGCCAAGUUUCUUACUAUAAAUAAUAUUGGAUGCAUUAAGGGGAACUUGCUGUGAAAAAUGCUGAGUAGCAUCUGGUGUAUAUAGCUGCAUCUACAUCUAUCUAUUUAGCCAUAAUACAGUAUCAUAGAUAUUUACAUGCUCCUUAUAGGUUCCUGUGCCUGCUGGGUCUGCAUAAAGCACCAGAUUGAUGUCAUUACUCUCUCGCCUUUCCACCAGAAAUGUAAUGUCAUUAUUGGAAACGAUAUUGUAAUUUUUUGUGUCGAGACCUAUGUGUAGCUUUCUCUAUCUGUCUUUGUCUCUUUCUACACUGUAUUAAAGCAUUGUUGUCUCUAAUUAACAAUCUUUUCAUACCCAUCCAUCUCAUACAACACGUACUGAUUGAGGAGCAGUAUUAAUGUAUAUUUACAGAGUAAAGAGUGGAGUCUCGUAGGCGAACACUCUCUCAAGUUUUAUUUUCAGACCUUCAUCAAUGCAAGAUGACAUUGUAGACAGGCGUAAGGAUGUAUGAUAAAAGGUAAACGGUUGGUAUUUCUAUCAAACACAGAGAAUGUAUUCUUUUCAGGGCGAGGCAGACAUUGUUUUUACAUGUUACCGAUCAAAAAAAAAAAAAAAAAAUCUGAGCUACAAGGUACCAGAGACGUAAAGAGUUGUGAUAAGACGGACGUUUUGUUUUCCACUGAAUGUAAAUACAAUCCUAAAGAACCACGUUUGAUAUAAAAAAUGUGAAAAAUGUGCAGGUUUAAAACCACUUGAGUCAAUUUUGAAAUGUUGUAGUUUUUCUUCUUCUGUACUACUAUUCAAAAUUCCUGUUUGUUUGUUUUUUUUUGGCAAACGAUUGCAGUGAGAUUUGGGUGUAGCAAAAAUAGUUCAUAGCUGAAGGGUGGGAGGGCAUAAAAAUAAAAAAAAAUAAAAAUCCACAUUGUUCUGUAGAUGUUUGCAAACAUAUCAAGAAUUUGAAAAUCAAAAAAAAAAAAAAAAAAAAAAUUGUACAUUAGUGUCAUUUAGUGAAAGGUUGCGUUCAUGCCCAUAACCAUCCAGCAAUGCGUUGCAGUGCAGUGAAUAUCUGUGGAGUUUUUGUCUGAAGCAGUUGUGCCGGGCCAGCCAGCUAGUGCAUACGACAGGGAGUACCUAUAUGCAAUGCUCUCCCUACUAAAACAAAAGCUUGGUCAAACAUCGUCUGACAGUCACUGAGGUAGUAUAUGGGAUGUCUAAAAAGGCUAGUGGUGUUGAAGGAGGUGUGUGUAAGCUCCCUGUUGUUGGUAAAACAGACACACUCAGGACAAAUAAAGCUUUUAAAAAAAAAAAA